AUGAAGCCUUGCGCUUUGCUAGCCAUCGUUUUUUUACAAUUGCUAGUCAUCGUCUCAGCACAAUGGGAUUUCCCAAUAAGCCGAGCAAAACGAGCAACGUACACGUACAAUGGUGCCAGCUACACUUAUCCAUACUAUCGAAAUGGAGCCACAUUCUCUGCACCCACAAACGGAUACAAUAACAAUGGACAAUACUAUUACAAUGCUGCUAACACACAAACCUACACAGGAAACGGGCAAACAUUCACGUGUCACGGUGGAUACACAUACAAUGGAGUAUACUAUCCAUAUUGUGGCUUU